AUGCAUGACGGCGAGUUAACAUAUGCUAGUCUUUUUGAUGCAAGUAUUGAUUCAUUUAUAUAUGCAAUGGAUAAAGAAGGGUUCCCCGGAAUCAAGGUUGUCGUGACGGAGACUGGGUGGCCGACGGACGGUGGAGAAGGGGCGAGUAUCAAGAAUGCAUUUGUGUAUAAUAAAGAGGUGGUGAAGAAGGUAAUGGAUAAUGUUGGAACACCAAAAUGGCCUAAUGAGGAGAUAGAGACAUACUUGUUUGAUAUUUUUGAUGAGAACAUGAAAAUAGGAAACGAGUAUGAGAAGCAUUUUGGGAUUUUUGGGCUUGACGGUAACAAUGUUUAUAAUCUUACUUUCCAUUGA